UGACAAACACAUAGUCAUACCGUAUAGUUUUCUAUUUGCUACUGUAUUACUUACUAUACUAUAUACUACAGACUGCGGGCAAUUAGUAAAUAGGCAGAAAACUGUCGUCCCACGGUGCUACGGCAUAUGAAGAGAACUCUAUCCUAUCGCGGAACUCGGUGUUUAUCGUGGUAUGUAUUCGCCCCUCCAUCCAUCGCUUCAGCGCUAGUUCAAUCACCUCAUCCGAACUUCGACUUAUCACAUGGAAUCCCUGGAAUUUUACUUGGAAAUAGUAGGAUUUACCAGGCAACCUGCUUGUUUCUUGUGCCAAUUACUAACCUGAAUUGCUAUUCUAUUUACCUAAUUAUAUAUUGCACGGAGAGCAUAGACGCCGAGAUCCCGGCUGGUGUGGGUGUGUUCGGUGUGUGUACCCCCCCACGGCAGCGCAGAUAGCCGACUGCAAACUCUAAACUCCAUCUUGGAUAUCUACGCAUACUCCCAUAUACAUCCAGACAUAUCCUGCUGCAUUGGAGAGCCGCUCAGAAUGACCUCCAGCUGGCCCGUUGCACCCGAAUUUUCUUUGAGCUGAGACCUUCGGCGGAAUCCUUAUCCGCGGGUUCGCACGGCCUGCCGGUGACGACUUCGAGAGUCCUCGCUGAUUAACAUCUAUUUGACCCCGAAAUUACGUCGCGGAUUCCUCCUGACAUACCUGUUCCGAAUUUCUCGAGCGUUUCCGUGAGACCCUUCUAUUCCAUGGCCGGGCACGGCGGGCGCCUCCCUCACCUCCCACGCCCUGCAAGACAAGGGCAAUCUCUCCGGUACCAGAUAAGCUCAUGGCCAUCGCCCCUGCAGAGGUAACUGGUUGUUCUCCGGUUCUCGAAGCACGCCUCGCCACCGCGGUGCACGUUCUAAUGACUGAGGCAAAGGCCUUGUCAUAUCUCGCGCGCCUAUACCAAACGGACACAAUCGCAAGGCAGGGUUUCAAUGAGACGGUGGAGCUGAUACGGAGGGCUAUGGAGAAGAGAGGGAAGCUGGUAAUCGUAGGAGUGGGCAAGAGCGGCCACAUCGCCAACAAGCUCGUGGCAACGAUGAACAGUCUGUCCAUACGCGCCACAUUCCUCCACCCUACCGAAGCGCUCCACGGCGACCUUGGCCAAAUAGACACCAACGAUAUCAUCCUUUUCAUCACCUUCUCCGGACGAACCCCCGAACUCCUCUCCCUCGUCCCCCACCUCAACCCCGAAAACGCCCUAAUCGUCCUCACCGCACACACCCACCCCUCAACCUGCCCCAUAAUCGACAAGCGUCCUUCCGCCAUCCUCCUCCCCGCCCCCAUCCACGAAUCCGAAACCACCUCCUUCGGCAUCUCCGCCCCCACAACCUCCACAACCAUCGCCCUCGCCCUCGGCGACGCCCUCACCCUCGCCAUCUCCCACGAACUCCACGGAACCUCCGCCCCCUCCGUCUUCGCCACAAACCACCCCGGCGGUGCCCUUGGCACCUCCUCCCCUCCUCCUGCCGCUAAAACCAAGCUCGCUGAAAUCGCCAUGCCGCUCGCUGAUAUCCCCUUCGUCGGCGGCGGCUGGGGCACCGCGCUCGCGACCCACGUCCUCAUCGCGGGCUACCAGUCCCCGUCGGGGUGGGUGCGGUACUGCGAGAACAGUGUCGCUCCGCCGCGGCGGAUUAGGCGUCUUGAGCCGGAGGAUAUGGGUAAGCUGGCUACGAAGGUGCGGGGGCUGGUGGUGACGACGCCGGAGUGGAUCGUGGUGAGAGAGGAUAUCUCGGUGAGGGAGGCGAUUGCGUUUUUGGAGGCUGCGAAGAAGGAGUCUGCGAGGGGAGAGGCGACGUAUGAUGAUGAUGCGGUGAUAGCGACGGCGGUGGAAGGGAAGGUGACGGGCGUGGUGGAGAUUGCCACGUUAAUGGCUGAGAAAGCGUAGGUGCUAUUUUAGAUGGCGGGUGUCUUUUGGUUUAUUUCCUUUGGAGCGUGCUAUUAUGCUGGGCUCAUUGAGCCAUGGGUCCGCGCUGAUGCGUAUAUGAGUGGCCUUUUGGAUAAGCGGCAUUUAGGCUAGACAAAAAUAUGUUUUGGAGCAGGCAUUUUGAAAGAUUUUACACAACCCAACCUAAUAGGGGUUUUGGGGGGGUGGGUAUCGCCGCCUCGGUUUAGUGGCUGGCGCCCGCAUGGAUAGAGAUGAUAGGCGGUGGGGAUAUCUGCUUUUGGGGUUUAUAUAUAUAUACAUAACUACGAUGUGACGAAUUUGGGAGAUGCGUCUCCCCCCUCUGCUUCAGUUUUUCUAAUGGGUUCUAGGCACUAUGCUUGGGUUACUUUGCCGGACUGGAACCCCCUUUUUGUCUCCGUGGCGUCUGUGACCAGGUUCCACCAGUCUGGUUGCUGUGUGUUAACCCUGACGACGUCCCGGUCAGCCCCAGCAUUCACUCCCUCGGUUUCAUGGCGUGGGGAUAUCUUGUGCUUUACUACUGUGAGAGUUUAGUAUUCUAAUCCAUAUAUAUUUUAUGGCACUGUUUAUUUCCCCAGCGGUAUUUCUCGAGUUAUCUCACGAG